AUGAAGGCCGCUCUAGUGGUCGUCGCGGCGCUGGCCGUGGUCGCCGUCACCGCCGCGGAAGAGAAGUACACCACCAAGUACGACAACGUCAACCUGGACCACAUCCUCGGGAACGACCGUCUCUUCAAUAGCUACGCGCAGUGCUUGCUCGAGGAUGGAGACGCCAACUGCACUGCUGAUGGCAAGGAGCUCAAGAGAAUCAUCCCCGACGCGUUAAGCAGCGAAUGCGCCAAGUGCAACGAGAAGCAGAAGGAGGGCACCAGGAAGGUGCUGAAGCACCUCAUCAACCACAAGCCCGACAUCUGGGCGCAGCUCAAGGCCAAGUACGACCCCGAUGGCACCUACAGCAAGAAGUACGAGAACAGGGAGAAGGAGCUGCGCGAAUAAGCAUUAUAAAAGACUGAGGCUUAUAGAUGUGACAAAUACCCUCAUUCUACACCACCCAUCUUGGUGAUUCAGAGAGCCAGACACAAAUACUUUUCUUAUCUUCAUGAGAAGUUGUAGCAUUUGAACAGUGUAACAAAAUGUUAAGAUAUUUGUACUAGCUAUAUCUGGUCUUCACUUGAUAAAAAAUAUAAGA